AUGUCAAAAGCAGCUGCAGUUACCCCAAUCAGUUCGACUGGAAAGGCAGUGGUCAAUUUUCCGGCGUCAGAAGAACUUUCCGGCACAGAAUCGGCCAACAUUAAUCUGACCCUCUCUCUAGGCGGAUUAUACGGAGAGAUUGAAAAAGAGAAACCGUCGACGGACAGGGCAAUUGAUCAGAUGGAAGGCAUGAAGUGCACCUCUCUCAAAAGGUUAUCUCCAUUUCCGCCGGAGGCCAAGAAGAUGCUUGCCGGGAAAUGGGCAUGGCCGGAUAAUUGGGAGGAAGGCUCUUCUUCCAGGACCACCGCCGUCUGCCGUGCCGUGGACAAGCUCAAAUCCAGCAGCAGCCAAGGCAAUUCAUUACUAUUGAUUAAGAACAGAAUAGAGGUUGAGACACAAACUAUCAUGGAGAACUCAUCAAGGAAAAUCGAGGUUGCGAACAAUGUCAAUACUACUGAUGUUACGGCUAUUAAGAUGAUGAGUUUUAUGCCUACUGUGACAACCAUAGGUGACAAACCCAAUGGAAGAAAAAUAGAAGGGUUCUUAUCCAUCUACAACCAGCAGAAUAUCCAAAUAAUAUGUGUUUGCCAUGGAAGGAUGAUGUCACCAUUGGAGUUUGUCCGCCAUGCCGGUGGGACAGAGCUCAAGAACCCCAUGAGAUACAUAAAUGUGCUGUCACCAACACUCUAA